AUAGGAAGGGACUGGGGGCACCCAGCUGGGCAGAGGGGCCCGGCCCACCCUCUCUGCUCUUGCCCUACUCCGCUCCAUGUGGGGGAUCAGGUGCCAGUGCCCCUGGGGAGGCAGGGGUUCCUUGGAAGCUAGACUGAGAUGCAGGAGUCUGUGGGAUCUCUGGGGAGGGGAUGCCCCAAGCCUUGCCAGGUGACCUGGGCCUGGACAGCCAGGAGGGCUGCAGGGCUGAGGAAGGUAGGUGACCCGAUGGCCAGCCAGGGGACCUGGGCCAGCCAGCCAGGCUCUCCCUCUGGCGCCUCCAUCCAGCCUAAGUCCCGCCCACUUGCCACACCCCUGACUCACUUCCUUUGCACAGAAGCGGAAACCUCCCCAGAGUUUCCUCCCGACCUAAGGCUCCCGGGACCUGCAGGUGCUGCUACCCCUCCAGGCCUGAGCUUGCCAGCCAGGCCCCUGACCCCAUCAGGACCCUCGACAGGAAGCUGGUAUUUUCUGUGUCCUGAGUUGCAGCCUCAGCAUCUGGCCUCUGCAGGGGGCUGCCCUUGGUGGGCUGGGGGCCAGCAGGAACUUAACCUGACUCAGCUGCAGGGAGGGCGACCUGCAUGCGGAGCGCCGCCCCUGCGCCAUGGACAGCGGCCAGCCCAGUCUGGAGGCCGCGGGCCCCGGCGUCCCCCGCCCGAGCGUGAUCGCGCCGCUGCGCGCAGUGGUCCGUCUGCGCCGCCGCGUGUGCCUCCUGCGCAAGCGGCGCCCCCAGCCGCCCGGCUCGGGGUCGGCUUCCGCGCCCGGGGCGCCGCACGCUGACCCGGACCAGCCCCGGUUCUUCACCUUCGACGGCCCGGAGCCGCCGUCCAGGACGCCGCGCAAGAGGCGCCGACGCAGCCGUGUGGUGCUCUACCCGGAGACCUCGCGCAAGUACCGGCCUCACGCGGAGCGCCGCAGCCGCGCGCAGCGCUGCCUCCUGCUGCUCGUGGCCAUCGUGGGCUUCCAGGUGCUCAACGCCAUCGAGAACCUGGACGAUAACGCGCAGCGCUACGACCUCGACGGGCUGGAGAAGGCGCUGCAGCGCGCCGUGUUCGGGCAGCCGGCCGCCGUGGGGCGCAUCGUGGCGCUGCUGCGGGACUACCUGGCCACGCACGUGCACAGCCGCCCGCUGCUUCUGGCGCUGCACGGGCCCAGCGGCGUGGGCAAGAGCCACGUGGGUCGCCUGCUGGCGCGCCACUUCCGCGCGGUGCUUGAGGACGGCGCGCUCGUGCUGCAGUACCACGCGCGGCACCACUGCCCCAAGGCGCGCGCUGCGCAGGACUGCCGUGAGGAGCUGGCCCGGCUGGUGGCCGGCGUGGUGGAGCGGGCCGAAGCGGAGGAGAAGACCCCGCUCGUGGUGCUGGAUGAGGCGGAGCUCCUGCCCCUGGCGCUGCUGGACGAGCUGCACGGCUUCCUGCAGCCGCAGCGCGCCCACCACUUCCACAACGCCAUCUACGUGCUCCUCAGCAGCGCGGGCGGCGCGGAAAUCACGCGCUUCGUGCUGCAGAACGCGUCCCGCGCGCUGCCCCCGCGCCCCGACGGCGCCCGCGGUGCUCACGGCGACUGGGAUGCGGUGGCCGCCGUGCGGGCCGAGGAGGAGCUGCGCGCCGGCCUGCGGGCGCUCCUGGUCCGCGAGCACCCGCUGUGGCAGGCCGCGGCCAUCGUGCCCUUGCUGCUGCUGGACAAGAGGGCCGUGGUCAACUGCUUCCGGGACGAGAUGGCCGGGGAGGGCUUCUUCCCGGAGCAGGCCCGGGCCGAGCUCCUGGCCGCGCAGCUCAAGUACUACCGCGUGGCUGGCCGCGAGUUCGCCGUCACUGGCUGCAAGCAGGUGGUGGCCACGGUGAACCUCUUGUAGCAGGGGCCCGGCUGGACACGGCGGACGCUUGUGGGCACGAGGGGACAUCUUGGGGACAUCUCGGUCGUUGGUGGUAGUAGGAGGGAGGGGACCCUGUGGAUUUGCCUGAGGCCCCUAAUAAAUCUGUUUAUAGCCCCCACCGCCCUCCCUAACCCGUGGUUCACGCUGGGAGGCUGGUGGGGGUGGCUCCGCUCCGAGCCCCCGCUUCGAGUCACAGUUCCCCCAUCAGUGCCCCCAGUCUGCCACCUCCCGGCCCUAGCCCACAUUCCUAAGCACCUGCUGUGUGCCCCUCAUCGCAGGCAUCGGUACAGAGGCUGGAUGGCCUCAGAGAAAGUAGCUCCCAGGGUCACCUAGUUGGUCCCCUGCGGCUGGAUAUGGCUGCAGCAGCCAUCAGACACACACACACACACACACACACACUCUCUCUCUCUCUCUCUCUCUCUCAGUCCGGGCCGCAACCCCCUCCCCACCCUGUGGGACCAAAGUCCUGGGUGCUUCUCCAGCCAGGAGAGUGGCAUGGACUCCCCGGAUUUCUCCCGGACUCUGGGGCCCAGGAGCUCCCUGGGAGGCAAUAGGGGGGAUGGGAGUCCACACGCAAUGAAUUGAUCCAUUGGAAUCCCCUGAACGCUCUGGAAGGUGGGGGAUCUCGGGGUGCCAGCGGUAGAUGGCAGGGCCCAAGUUGGGGGGGGGGGCGCUGACUUCUCCGAUCCCCCUGCCCUGGCCACCAACUGGCUUCAGGUCGCUGACUGGGGGAGGCCUGUAGGUAGAGAUCCUUUAGACUCGACCGCAGAGGUUUCCAGACCCCUGUCGCUUUUCGGGCGCGGUGGGCGUUGUUUGUGCGCGCGCGCGCGGGGGGUGGGGGGUGCUCCUGGAGGGCGGCGGUCGCGUCCAAGCCACCCCCACUCGGUUUCGCAGCCCCGCGUCCCCCGCGCCCUGGGAUGGCCUCAGUGCUGCCGCCCAGUGGCCGCGCGUGUCCGCCCGCGCCGCGGAGGUCGCGGGGGCGUGUCCCGCGUCUCCCUGUCGCCCGGGUCCCCGCAGCAGGCCCAGCUCAUCCUGGAGGAGGGCACACACAGCCUGAGGGCCGGGGACACGUGAACACACGUCAUCGGCGACCCCGGCCACGGCGAAUCCCAAAGGGGGACCCGGGGAGCAGAGGGAAGGGCCCCGCAGAGGCGAAGCUCGAGUUGACUGGGCGCCGGGCUGUGCGGCACCACCCCCCACCCCCACCCCGCGUCAGAGCUCAGCACGACCUCUGAGCCCCGCAGACCUCAGAAUCAUCCCAGGCCGGGUCCCCAAGGGCCCCGCGUGGCGGGAGCCCCCUCACCGCCUAUCCAUUCUGGCCCUGGGGGCCGUCUGCGGCCCUGGGCCAAGGUCAGCCCGAGGAGGGGGCGGGGGGGGGGCACGCUGGCCAGGUGCCGCGGACCUGCGGCCCCGCGCCUGGGAAUCAAGGGCAGAAUGGGGCCAGGCUGGCCCUAGAGGCUCUGAGAACUGGCGGGAAGGGGGGAGGGGGGAGACGUUUGGGAAGCUUUGUUCCCCAAGGGGGUUGGGGGGGCGGUGGCCAGCUCUGUCCACCAGACCCCACUUGCUGGGCAGCUGGGGACAGGAGCCCCAUGUCUCUAAGGCCGAAUAUAUGACAGGAGCCUGUGUCCAGUGCCGAGGUCCCAGGUCCCCGGCGCCGCUCCUGCUUCCGGUGCGUGGAAGCAGCGCCUACAACGCAGCGACAGACUUGAACUUCUCGGGACUUUGUUUUGUGCCUUCUAGUUGUCCUGCCUUUUUACACCUCGUUUAUUUUUAUUUGGGGGCAGUGGUCCCCCUGAGCACACUCCGUCCCAUCUGUGUCCUCUCACUCAACCCUCCAUACCAGACAUUAUGUUUAUGUUUACUCUUUGUUGAUGUUUAAAUUUUAUUUUGUUGACUUAUUUAUAAACCAGCUCCCUCUUUUC